GCGGCGGGGACACCGGGGUCGGGGAGGUGGCCUCUGACGAGCUCUCGCGCUCCGGGCUGCCCGGAGGAGGGCCGGCGCCCCGGAGCCCUCGGGGCUGGAGGGCGCGGGCCCGGGCUGGAGGGUCUUCCCUCGGGGCUGGGGCUGGCUUUCCGAAUGCCCCCAAGGGAGGGAAUGGGGCAGCGGGCCUGGGGGAAAGUGUCCCUGUGUGUGGGGGUUAUGUCAGGUUCUCCCGGGUGGGGGGCCGUGCCAGCUCUCAGGUGGGGGCGGCGGCACUAGCGCGCCCCCUCUGCGGAGAGGCAGGGCCGGCGGGGGCGCGGGGCAUCGUUGGCACCCCUUCCCCGCCGUCUCCCGGCGGGAGGGCAGCGCCAGCCUCGCGCGCCUCGGCUCCUUUCGCCGGCACUGCGUCCCACUCCCGUGGCCGCCCCAGCGCCGCCUUCGCCGCCGGCCGGAGCCCGGCGCCCGCCUUGCUCGCGGCCGCGGCGGGUUGGGACGGCACUUCAGGGUCUGGGGUCUCCCCGCGGCCCCGGGACUUCAGGGUCAGGUGCCGCUCGAACACUCGUGACCGACCGUCUCCGGGACGCUGAUGAUCCGGUGUCCCUAACGCGGCCAGCCGGGCUGUGUGUGUGUGUGUGUGAGUGUGUGUGUGUGUGUGUUGGGGGGUCCCCUCCGGGGUCGGGCUUCCCCGGCGCCGGAGAGCUGGAAGCGCCCCCUCCCCGCGCGGGGGCGGGGCUGGGAGGUGGAGGCCCGACUGAGAGAGGCGCCCCCGCACCGGGGCGGUCUGAGGCUGUUUGUGCUGAAACGGGGCUGCCGUGGCGGCGGCGGGGAGUCCUGAGGCCCGAACGUACGAGCGCCCCCUGCCCCGAGGCCACGAGUGACACCCCCGCCUUGAGACUUUCGGCCCUUUUUGGAGGAGGCUUCUUGCAUCUUCCCCCCCUCUCACCGUCCCUGCCCCUGGUGCGGGAGAAAGCCGCUGUGUGGGACUGAGCGGGGCUUGCCUAGUGGGGUGCCCGAAGCCACGUGUCUGUUGGAGCUGGUGGUUAGUCUGUCUGCUCCUCUGUCAGUCUGGCAGAAAGCCUUCUGUGAUGGGGGAGGGAGUAGUGUGUGUUUGUGUGUGUAUGUGUGUGUGUGUGUUCCCAUCACAGUCACUCCCCUCCUCCAUCCUAGGAUGACAGUGGGGGCUCAGGGCAGGCAGGGCUUCAGGCACCCUGAGAGUCUCCAUACUGAGUACCCUAUUCCCACAGCCUCACAUCCCUGGGGCCGGCAUGGUGGAACUGAAGAAUGUUCUACUUCCCAUCUCCCCAGUCCCCCAGGAUGCGCCUGGGCCUGCCCCACUUUCCUGCAGACCCACAUGGGGUGCUGGCCUCAGGCUCUGGGUGUGCAUAUUCAGCUCCUCAGAGGCCUUGGGGCCUAGGCGGUAGGAGAACGUCCCUGAAGAGCUGAGGACCUGCAGGAGCCUUUCCUGAGGACCUUUCCUGAGGUGGCGGAGAGAAUUCCUGCAGAGGAGUCUGGAGGCUCCUGGGUGUGGUCACGCACUGGGCAAGGGGCUUGUCACUUGUCCUGGGCAGGCCCUAGGGGCUAGUGGCCAGGGCCUCUGAAGAGGGCCUGUCUACAGUGGAGAGUGGGGGUCAGAGCCCUUGUCCCUCUCCCUGGCCCCCCAGAGGACCAUUUCCUGGAGGGCCUCUCCAGCCCUUAGUCAGAGACCUGUCCUUGGGAUGGCGGCGGCCUUUGGGGACGGUGCCCGUGAGCCUCUGCUCAGCCCUGGCUGGGCAUGCCUGCCCACUUAUGAAUCAGGUGCCCACUGUCUUCACGUCCCCCCAACUUCUGUCCUUUCAGUCUUAAACUUUCCCCUACCUGUCAACACUGUCACACCUCUCAGGGACAAAAAUGCCAAAAAAUGAUCCCUCCCUGAGGUCUUCGUCACUUCAAUGGCUACCCCUCUCAGGGAUGUUUGCAUUUAAUAGCGACCCAGAGAGGAAGACGGCAAUGCUGAUCCCAAAGAAGUGCUCUAGUGAUGGUGGGUUUUCAGGGGAGGUGUACGGGAUGGUGGGGGGCAUGCAGCAUGUCACACAGAGCAGGUCCCGCACAGGCAGUGGGGAGCAUUUCAGGAGUUGAGCCGCUUUCUCGGCCUUAGUAGCCUAGCGUAGGCCGUAGGCCGCUCCUCCCUCCCUCCCUCCCUCCCUCAUGCCUCCUCCCCCAACUUGCGUCUGGGCGGCUUCAUUCUGUUGGAGGCGUGACGUCUCCAGGAGGGAGCGCCUUGCACAGCGGCAGGCAGGCAGCCGAGGUUGGUAGGAGAAGAGCCUUGGAGCUGUUUUCUCCUUGAUGCCAAGAGACGCCAAGCUAGGAAUACUCUGCUCUUUUCACAGUCAUCCACCAAGAACAGGCCUUCAGGACGUGGCGACUGAGACCAGAGCUUCGCUGUGCCCCGGCCACACCCUGCCACGUGUGGGCAUGGAUUGUGCCGGCAACUGAGCAUUGCCUGAGCUGCAAGGAGCACCGGCAUGGUUCAUCCCGUCAGCUGCCCUCAGCCACCCCACUGCUGAAGCUGCCCUGGAGAGACUUGUGGGGGUGGCUCUGCCCAUGCUCGCCCAGGCUGUGGGGCCGGGGGCCUGCCAAGGCUAGGAGUGGGGCCUGCCGUUCAUGGGUCUCUAGGGCUUUCCGAGAUGCCUGGGAAGAGAGGCUGGGGCUGGUGGUGGGCCCGGCUGCCCCUUUGCCUGCUCCUCAGCCUUUAUGGCUCCUGGGUGCCUUCCUCCCUGGGGAAGCCCAAGGGCCACCCCCACAUGAAUUCCAUCCGCAUAGAUGGGGACAUCACAUUGGGAGGCCUGUUCCCAGUGCACGGCCGGGGCUCAGAGGGCAAGGCCUGUGGAGAGCUUAAGAAAGAAAAGGGCAUCCACCGGCUGGAGGCCAUGCUCUUCGCUCUGGAUCGCAUCAACAAUGACCCAGACCUGCUGCCCAACAUCACGCUGGGCGCCCGCAUUCUGGACACCUGCUCCAGGGACACCCAUGCCCUCGAGCAGUCGCUGACCUUUGUGCAGGCGCUCAUCGAGAAGGAUGGCACAGAGGUCCGCUGUGGCAGUGGUGGCCCACCCAUCAUCACCAAACCUGAACGUGUGGUGGGUGUCAUCGGUGCGUCAGGGAGCUCGGUCUCCAUCAUGGUGGCCAACAUCCUUCGCCUCUUCAAGAUCCCCCAGAUCAGCUACGCCUCCACAGCCCCCGACCUGAGCGACAACAGCCGCUACGACUUCUUCUCCCGUGUGGUGCCCUCGGACACGUACCAGGCCCAGGCCAUGGUGGACAUCGUCCGUGCCCUCAAGUGGAACUACGUGUCCACGCUGGCCUCGGAGGGCAGCUACGGCGAGAGCGGUGUGGAGGCCUUCAUCCAGAAGUCGCGGGAGGACGGGGGUGUGUGCAUCGCCCAGUCGGUGAAGAUACCGCGGGAGCCCAAGCCGGGGGAGUUCGACAAGAUCAUCCGGCGCCUGCUGGAGACCUCGAACGCCAGGGCAGUCAUCAUCUUCGCCAAUGAGGAUGACAUCAGGCGCGUGCUAGAGGCGGCACGGAAGGCCAACCAGACAGGCCACUUCUUCUGGAUGGGCUCGGACAGCUGGGGCUCCAAGAGCGCACCUGUGCUGCACCUGGAGGAGGUGGCCGAGGGCGCUGUCACUAUCCUCCCCAAGAGGAUGUCCGUGAGAGGCUUCGACCGCUACUUCUCCAGCCGCACGCUGGACAACAACCGGCGCAACAUCUGGUUUGCCGAAUUCUGGGAGGACAACUUUCAUUGCAAGCUGAGCCGCCACGCGCUCAAGAAGGGCAGCCACGUCAAGAAGUGCACCAACCGCGAGCGCAUCGGGCAGGACUCGGCGUACGAGCAGGAGGGGAAGGUGCAGUUUGUGAUCGAUGCCGUGUAUGCCAUGGGCCAUGCGCUGCACGCCAUGCACCGUGACCUGUGUCCGGGCCGCGUGGGGCUCUGCCCGCGCAUGGACCCCGUGGAUGGCACCCAGCUGCUCAAGUACAUCCGCAGUGUCAACUUCUCAGGCAUUGCAGGGAACCCUGUGACCUUCAAUGAGAACGGAGAUGCACCCGGGCGCUACGACAUCUACCAGUACCAGUUGCGCAAUGGCUCUGCCGAGUACAAGGUCAUCGGCUCCUGGACCGACCACCUGCACCUCAGAAUAGAGCGGAUGCACUGGCCAGGGAGUGGGCAGCAGCUGCCCCGCUCCAUCUGCAGCCUGCCCUGCCAGCCAGGCGAGCGGAAGAAGACAGUAAAGGGCAUGCCCUGCUGCUGGCACUGCGAGCCCUGCACAGGGUACCAGUACCAGGUGGACCGCUACACCUGUAAGACGUGUCCCUACGACAUGCGGCCCACAGAGAACCGCACGGGCUGCCGGCCCAUCCCCAUCAUUAAACUGGAGUGGGACUCACCCUGGGCCGUGCUGCCCCUCUUCCUGGCCGUGGUGGGCAUCGCCGCCACGCUCUUCGUGGUGGUCACCUUCGUGCGCUACAACGAUACGCCUAUCGUCAAGGCCUCGGGCCGCGAGCUGAGCUAUGUGCUGCUGGCGGGCAUCUUCCUGUGCUACGCCACCACCUUCCUCAUGAUCGCCGAGCCUGACCUGGGCACCUGCUCUCUGCGCCGGAUCUUCCUGGGGCUCGGCAUGAGCAUCAGCUACGCGGCGCUGCUCACCAAGACCAACCGCAUCUACCGCAUCUUCGAGCAGGGCAAGCGGUCGGUCAGCGCCCCGCGCUUCAUCAGCCCCGCCUCGCAGCUGGCCAUCACCUUCAGCCUCAUCUCCCUGCAGCUGCUGGGCAUCUGUGUGUGGUUUGUGGUGGACCCCUCCCACUCGGUGGUGGACUUCCAGGACCAGCGGACGCUCGACCCCCGCUUCGCCAGGGGUGUGCUCAAGUGCGACAUCUCGGACCUGUCGCUCAUCUGCCUGCUGGGCUACAGCAUGCUGCUCAUGGUCACGUGCACCGUGUACGCCAUCAAGACGCGCGGCGUGCCCGAGACCUUCAACGAGGCCAAGCCCAUUGGCUUCACCAUGUACACCACGUGCAUCGUCUGGCUCGCCUUCAUCCCCAUCUUCUUUGGCACCUCGCAGUCGGCAGACAAGCUGUACAUCCAGACGACGACGCUGACGGUCUCGGUGAGUCUGAGCGCCUCGGUGUCCCUGGGGAUGCUCUACAUGCCCAAGGUCUACAUCAUCCUCUUCCACCCGGAGCAGAACGUGCCCAAGCGCAAGCGCAGCCUCAAAGCCGUCGUCACCGCGGCCACCAUGUCCAACAAGUUCACGCAGAAGGGCAGCUUCCGGCCCAACGGCGAGGCCAAGUCCGAGCUCUGCGAGAACCUCGAUGCGCCGGUGCUGGCCACCAAACAGACCUACGUCAGCUACACCAACCAUGCAAUCUAGCUAGGCCGCCGGAGCCAACAGGAGGAGGAGGAACCGAGGCUCUUGUGGAUGGUGCGUCUGGCCAGGGCCACUCCCAGGGGCCCAGCUGACGUCCUGCCUGCCCGUGGGCACCCACGGACAUGGCUUGGUGCUGAGGAUAGCAGAGCCCCGGUGGUCACUGCUGGGCAGCCUGGGCAAGCCGGGCAGGCGACAGGAGGAAGACGAGGGGCGGGGCAGCUUCAGGCCAUCCCAAGAGCCUGCUUCUUAGACCAGGGCCCCUCCUGGCCCCAAACCACUGGGGCUCAGGGUUCGAGGACCCAAGUGCUGGUUUUCUGUCCCCCUCUGUCUCUGCCUGUCCCACUGGUGACCUCUUAGUCUGUCUCCAUCCGUGUCUUUAUUUUCUCUUAUCUCUUUGUCUCACCUUCUUUUCUCUCUGUGUGUGUCUGUGCGUCUGCACCCUCUGCUUUUCUGCAUCAUCUUCUUUCUGCCCCUGCCUCCUCUGCCUCAUCCUCUCUCCAUCUCCACGUCUCUCCCAUUUUUCUCUUGUGCUCCACCUGAGUCUCUCCUCUCGUGCAUUUUUCUUCCUGUCCUCAGCCCCCUCCUCACCUUCACUUACAUCCAGCCUCUGCUCCCUCUCCUGGCCAUCCUUUCCUAAGUCAUCAAAUCUUACGUGUCACAAAAAAGAAAAAAGGAAAAAAAAAUCAAAACACAAAAAUGCCAAAACAAAAACAAAUCUCAAGUGUGUUGCCAAGUGCUGCGUCCUCCUGGUGGCCUCUGUGUGUGUCCCCGUGGCCCGCAGCCUGCCCGCCUGCCCCUGCCCGUCUGCCGUGUGUCCUGCCCGCCUGCCCGCCUGCCCCUCCUGCCGAUGACACGGAGUUCAGUGCCUGGGUGUUUGGUGAUGGUUAUUGAUGACAAUGUGUAGCGCAUGAUUGUUUUUAUACCGAGAACAUUUCUAAUAAAAAUAAACACAUGGUUUUGCACCCCGGC